AUGGAAAAUAAUGAACUUUUUGAUAUUUCUGGCAAUUUUACAAAUGAAGAUGUAUAUAAAUGGUCAUCAUCAUACCGUGACUAUGAUUACCAAGAUACUGAAAUUGAUAAUGAACACAAUUCUGAUUCUGAUUACGAUUCAUAUUCUGAUUCAAAUAUAAAUUAUCAUCAAGAUGAAAACCAUUACCAAGAGUAUAAUGAUGAUUACCAAAAUACUCAUAACUCAAAUAGUUCAAAACUUGUUUACUCUGAUUCAGAAUCUUUUCUUAUAAACCCAAAACUGAAAGAAAUAUAUAAUUUUUCAAAUAAUAAACAAAUUUAUAAAACCAUUAAUGUAUUGAAUGUUAAUGGAGAAAUAAUACCAUAUGAUAUUUAUCUUACAAAUGUAACAAUACCAUUAUUUGAAAUUAAAAAUUCUCUUUUUGUAUGUAGAAUUCGUAUUGGAGAGCCUGAACAAGAAUUUUGGCCUAUUAUUGAUACAGGAAGUAGUAAUCUUUGGGUUAUUGGAGAUGAAUGUAACCAGUCAAGCUGUCAAAAAGUUAAAAGAUAUUCCAAAUAUAUUUCAAAGUCAUUUAAAAGAAUAUCUAAAUAUGAUAAUAUUUCAGUAAUUUUUGGUACUGGUAAGAUUUAUGGUAAAUUAAUUUUAGAAACACUUAAAUUUGAUAAUUUUCAGCUUAAUCAACAUGUAAUUGGAAUUAUUGAAGAAGUUGAAAAUACUGAUAAUAGUAAAAUUGAUAUAUUUGAUGCUAUUGAACUUGAAGGAGUUCUUGGUCUUGGAUUCACUGAAAUGUCUUCAUCAAAAAAAUUACAACUUCCUUUAAUUGAAAGACUAAAAAAUCAUAAUCUUAUUCAAGAUAAUGUUUUUUCUAUAUAUAUUAAUGAUUAUCGUAUUAAACCAAUUAAUAAUAAUGAUAGACUCUCAAAGCCUUCUGCUAUUUUAUUACUUGGUGGAAUUGACCAAAAUCUAUUUUAUGAUGAUCUUCAUAUUCUUCCAGUUAUUAGAGAACAUUACUGGCAAGUUGAACUUGAAUCACUUUAUAUUGGAGACACUAAAUAUUGUUGUGAUUAUGGAUCACUUGCUUAUGAAUGGGAAAAUCUUGAAAAUGAACAUUUACAUAAUAAAUUUGGACCUUAUGAAGAUCCUCCUAUGGAUAUAUAUAUUUACAGAACUUUUAAUAAGAGUAUUGAUAAAACAAAUAGAACUCCUGGAUAUGUUAUUUUUGAUUCUGGCACUUCUUUCUAUACUUUACCAAAUUUUGAAUAUAAACAUUUUAUUCAAGAAUAUAAACCUUUUGGUGAUUGUUCACAAAUACAUUUAGAUUCAAAAAAGAUUGAUCCCAAAAUAACUGAACAUUUUCCCAAUUUUACUUAUACAUUCAAAGAUGGAUUCCAACUUAUAAUCCCACCAGAACUUUAUUUAACACCAAAUGAAGAAGGUAAAUGUAAACCAGGGAUUAUGAUGAUUGAUGUUCCAGGAGAAUAUGGACAUUCUUAUCUACUUGGAUCAUUAUUUAUGAGAUCUUAUUAUACAGUUUAUGCUAAAAAUAUUCCCAAAAUUGGUUCUGUUGUUGGAAUUGCAAAAGCUAAACAUAAUAAAGAUACCAGAAAAUAUAUUUAUAACAAACUUUCUUCCAUUAAUGAAUCUUUUGUACCUCCUAAUGAUGAUGAAGCAGAAUUUUACUGGACUAAACUUAAUGGAAAAUUAUCUGAAAAUUGGAAAUUCCCACCAAUAUUAAGUAAUCUCUUUUUCUAA